CCCGCCUCGGCCGCCGAGUUCCCACCCGCGUACUGUCGGGUCCUGGUUCACCCCGGCGCCGCCCAACUUGUGUGCACAGAGGGCGCGCAUGGCGGCGGUGGGGCCGCGAACAGGCCCGGGCGCCGGGGCCGAAGCGCUGGCACUGGCGGCGGAGCUGCAGGGCCUAGCCGCGGUGGCCGCGCUGUUGCGGCGAUUCAGCCUGCCCCCGGCUACACCGGGCGAGCGCGGGCCCCCGGAGGCGGCGGCGGAGGCCGAGUGUGUACAGCACGGCGAACCGCUCAAACUCUACUGCCAGGACGACGGACGCGCCAUUUGCGUGGUGUGCGACCGCGCCCGCGAGCACCGUGCGCACGCCGUAUUGCCGCUAGACGAGGCAGUGCAGGAGGCCAAGGAGCUCCUGGAGUCCAGGCUGAAGGUCUUGAAGAAGGAUCUGGAGGACUAUGAGGUGUUUCGUUCCACCGAAGAGAAGGAGAGCAAAGAGCUGCUGAAGCAGAUGGCAGCUGAGCGAGAGAAGGUAGGGGCAGAGUUCCAGGCACUGCGGGCCUUCCUUGUGGAGCAGGAGGGCCGGCUCCUGGGCCGCCUGGAGGAGCUGUCCCGGGAGGUGACACAAAAGCAGAAUGAAAACCUGGCCCAGCUCGGGGGAGAGAUCACCCAGCUCUCCAAGCUCAGCAGCCAGAUCCAGGAGACAGCUCGCAAGCCUGACCUUGACUUUCUUCAGGAAUUCAAAAACACACUCAGCAGGUGCAGCAAUGUGCCUGCCCCCAAGCCAAGCACAGUCUCUUCUGAGAUGAAGAAUAAAGUCUGGAAUGUUUCCCUCAAGACCUUUGUCUUAAAGGGGCUGCUCAAGAAGUUCAAAGAGGAUCUUCGCGGAGAGCUGGAGAAAGAGGAGAAAGUGGAGCUGACCUUGGACCCCGAUACGGCCAACCCCCGCCUCAUUCUCUCUCUGGAUCUUAAGAGCGUGCGCCUUGGACAGCGGGUCCAAGACCUGCCCAGCCACCCGCGUCGCUUCGAUACCAACACUCGAGUCCUGGCGUCCUGUGGCUUCUCCUCCGGGCGGCACCACUGGGAGGUGGAGGUGGGCCCCCAGGACGGCUGGGCCUUCGGCGUGGCCCGCGAGAGUGUGCGCCGCAAGGGCCUCACGCCCUUCACCCCAGAAGAGGGCGUCUGGGCGCUGCAGCUCAAUGGCGGGCAGUACUGGGCAGUGACCAGCCCUGAGCGGACACCCCUCAGCUGUGGGCAUCUGUCCCGCGUGCGGGUGGCGCUGGACCUGGAGGUGGGGGCCGUGUCCUUCUACGCCGUGGAGGACAUGCGCCACCUUUACACCUUCCGCGUCAACUUCCAUGAGCGCGUGUUUCCCCUUUUCUCUGUCUGCUCCACUGGCACCUACUUGCGAAUCUGGCCUUGAGGGGCAUUACCCAGCCCCCCAGGUUCGCGGGGCCAGGAUGGCUCAGUUAAGGGUGAACUCGCCCUCUUGGCUGCCUGUGGGAUGGGAGGUGGUUCUCCUUCCGGAGCCUCCUGCUCACUUUUGGUCUACCUGUCACUCUCCUGCCCCCAGCUGCCUUAGAGGAGUUUCUGGUGACCACAGUAUGAAAACUGAGCAGUGGAGGAAAGGGGCUCUGUGGUCACUUGAGCAGAGGAAGAUGCCUUGGAUCCUCAGGGCCUGUCCCCUGCCUGCUGUUCUGGCAUGUGGAUUUGGCCUGCUGUGAUGAGGUGGGGGCGGGUGAGGACAGGAGCCCACCUGUUGACAGAGGUGCUUCUUUUCACUCUGGCUUACUGCCCAGACUCAGUAGGGCUUCUCGCUCCCUGGAACAUCAAGCCCUGGUCCUGUGAUGUCCUCAGUUGCAAGGUGGGGAGCCAGCCAGGUUCAUUAUCACUUCUGCUUUGUUUGCCUUCUUGUCAGCUGCUAGCUCUGCCUUCAGAGACCUGAAUCCAGCUGGCCUGACCAAAUCAUCUGCUCAGGGAGGAGCACUGUACUCCCAGCUCAGAGGACAGUCUGGGGCAGGACUGGAAGGAAAACCUUGACCUGCACAUGAGGGAGAAGCUCAGGACAACAGUAUAUAGGCAUGGCUACCUUCCAAUAUCCCUCAACUUGAUGUUACAGAGUAAUAUGCAGAUCCUUGGCCACAGCGACAGCCAUGUGUGUUCACAGAUGCCUGAAUCCCUCUCAAGUGCCAAAGUACAGUCUUCCUUGGGUAAGGAGACCAAAAUUUCUGGAAUUUUGAAACACAAGACAGCACUUAUAAUUUUACAGAUUUAACUAACACCAGCAUGGAAAUGGACAGAGCACACACAUGCCCCUGACAGAUUCUUUCUGGAACUUGUCAAAUGUAUGCCAACGGCAGAGGAUGCUAGUUUCAAGGCCAGAUCAGCUUGUGGCCAUUAUUGCCCCGGCGAAUUGUUCCCCGGCUUCUGUAUGGCUGGGCUUUCUUGGAGGGUGGUGGUGGGCUGUUCCUUGCUUAGUGCUCCACAGGCAAAGGAGAUGGAGAUGGAAAUACAGACUGUGAACUCA